AUGUUUUGGGGCACGCGCACGUUAUUACAGGAGCUUCUGAUCGCAAAUGGGACGAAGAUUCCACCAGGUCAUACACUUGAUGCGCCAGCUUAUGCUACUCGCGGCUUCAUGCUUGAUGCUGGGCGAAAAUGGUACACUGCGGACUUUCUCAAAGAGCUCUGCACGUAUGCCUCUUUCUUCAAGAUUUCUGAGUUUCACUACCACUCAAGCGACAAUUACCCCUUGAAUCGCGGUCGCAAUGAGACGUGGAACGAAGUUUUCUCACACUUCUCGCUAUACCCGGAGAACAACACGGAGCUACAAGGCAUCAUUCAGCGCAAGAAUGAGACGCUGUCCCGCGCAGAAUUUGAAGACUUUCAAAUGCACUGUGCGCAACGCGGUGUUACUGUCAUUCCGGAAAUUGAAGCGCCCGGCCAUGCGCUCGCUAUCACAAAAUGGAAGCCGGAGCUUGCAUUAGCCAAGAAGGACUUACUGAAUCUCACUCACCCGGAUGCUGUUCCGACAGUAAAAGCCAUAUGGGCGGAAUUCCUGCCAUGGUUCCAGACGAAAGAAGUACACAUCGGCGCAGACGAGUACGACCCAGAGCUUGCGGAUGACUACAUCAACUUCGUCAAUGAAAUGGCCAACUUCGUCAACACGACGUCUGGGAAGCGCAUACGCAUCUGGGGAACUCACGAACCCUCCGAAAAUCUCACAAUCUCGAAAGACAUCAUCAUUCAGCACUGGCAGUACGGCCAAUCAGAUCCCGUGCAGCUCCAAAACGAUGGCUAUCAGCUCAUCAAUUCGCAAGAUUGGUGGGCUUAUAUGAGUUUGAAGAACGAUCAUAGCCCCAUCCUACCGGCCACAUAUCCACAGUUCUACAACGUUACCCGUACGUUGAAUUUCGCGAACGUGCCUGGCUGGCAAUGGGACCCGUCGCUGUUUAAUCAGGUAAACACGACCCAGCAACUCGCGGCUGGUGCGAGUGGGAACAGGGGAGCAAUUUUGGCAGCGUGGAGCGAUAACGGACCCGAUGCUACUACUCAGCUGGAAGCGUACUAUGCGAUGCGCGAGGGCAUACCCGUUGUGGCCGCGCGAGCAUGGUCUGGCUCAAAAGGCGUGAACAUCUCUACCAACAAGCUGACAGAGAGUCUCGCACUUCUCGCCAGGACCUCGAUCGCCGCUCUUCCACCACGCCAAUAA